AUGGUCAGGACGGCUUCAUUCAAGCUCGUGUUACUCGGCGAGUCUGCCGUCGGCAAGAGCUCUCUGGUACUCCGCUUCGUCCGUAACGAAUUCUCCGACUUCCGGGAAUCCACAAUUGCCGCCUUCCUUACCCAAACUGUCCCUCUUGACAGCUCGACUAACAUCAAGUUCGAGAUCUGGGACACUGCUGGACAGGAGCGCUACAAGUCGCUUGCACCCAUCUAUUUCCGAAACGCCAACGCCGCUAUAGUUGUGUACGACAUCACACAGCCGCCAGAGGGGUCGUUUGAUAAGGCCAAGGCAUGGGUGCGUGAACUCAAGCGCCAGGCCGACCCGUCAAUCGUCAUCAUGCUCGUCGGCAACAAGGCGGACAUGACCUCGCAACGCAAGGUGCCGCGCGAGCUCGCUGCGGAGUUUGCGCGCGAUGAGGACUUGCUCUUCGCCGAGGCGAGCGCCAAGACGGGUGACGGCGUCCAGGACUUCUUCAUGGAGAUUGCGCACAAGCUUCCUUUGGCCCCAGCCAAGGCGGCUGGUACCGCCGGCGUCCGCGUCAACAAGAAGCCUGCUGAAGAGGCUGCUCCCAGCGCGUGCACUUGCUGA